AGAUCAAUAUCUGCCCUCUCCGAGGUCUUUACAAGCUCUGUGGCAAUCUGUUUAAUCUGGUCUUUUCCUCCGGAAUCACCGAGACUAAAGCUUAACCAUGCUGGCAACCAGGACCUUGCUGUCAAAACAGACCCUGACCGUUCUUUCUCGUCAGCCUGCCUGCUUCGUGCACCAGGGGGAUCACGGCAACUGGGGGAACACCAAAGUUGCUCUGGUUUUCUCAGGAUGUGGAUGGUGGGAUGGAACUGACGUCCAUGAAGGAGUGUACACCAUGUACCACCUGAGCAGGAACGGCGCCCGCUUUCGGAUGUUCGCUCCAAACCAGCAGCAGAUGCACGUGAUUGACCACAUGAAGAAGCAGCCGCUCUCAGGCGACAACCGGAACGUGAUGAUGGAGUCGGCUCGCUUCAGUCACGGCCAGGGAAAGAGACAAAUGCAGGACCUUUCCACGCUGGACGUCAGCAAAUUCGACGCCGUCAUCUUCCCUGGAGGCCACGGCAUCAUCAAGAACCUAUCUUCUUUUAUGAAGGAUGGCAAAGACUGCAAGCUGCAUAACGACGUGGAGAGAGUGCUUAAAGAGUUCCACCGUUCACGCAAGCCUAUCGGCCUGGCCAGCAUGGCUCCGGUGCUGGCCUGCCGCGUGUUGCCCAGCAUCGAGGUGACCAUGGGAUAUGAGCGGGACGAAAACACCCGCUGGGGGAACUGGCCUCAGACCAACAUGGUGGAGGCUGUGAAGGGCAUGGGUGCCCGCCACGUCGUCCGUGAGCCAUACGAAGCCUAUGUGGAUGAGAAGAACAAAGUGGUCAGCACUCCGUCCUUCAUGUGGGAGACAGACUAUCACUAUCACUAUAUAUCCGAUGGGAUCGGAAAUAUGGUCAAACAUGUGUUGCGUUUGUCCACCAAGUGAAAAGCAUUCAUGAAUGCACGGCAUUCGCCUCUACACUGUGAUGAAAUCUUACCUGAAAUAAUAAAGAUGCUCUAGUUGAAAUGCAAA